AUGCGAGGGAGAUACUCUCUUCAUGAUCUCCUUGUUCAAAACGAUAGCAGUGACGAGCAGCAGGCAGCUGCUGAGCCUGAACCAAGCACUAGUGAGGAUCCCAUCUCUUUGGGAUUCGUCAACUUGGCCAUAGCAAGAUCGCUCUUCGACAGUUUCAUCCUGGUGCUUAAUCCGUUCGUCUCACAACUGGAUCCUGCACUUCACGAUUUUGCCUACGUCCGACAGAGAUCGCCAUUUCUGCUGACUGCGAUCCUUGCGGCGUCGGCCAAAGCCUUCCACCCAGUCUUAUAUCCUCGACUCUAUCAGCACGCUCAGGACUUGCUGAUAGUCGUAUUUCGUCAUGGUCACAAGUCCAUAGAGGUUGUUCAGGCCAUUCUGCUGCAGACUUACUGGAAGGAGCCCCACGACAACCGUGUCUGGACUCUCGUGGGAUAUGCUAUCCGUAUAUGCACAGAAAUGGGAUGGCACAGACUAGAGCCCGGUCGGUCAAGUGGUCAUGGCAUGACCGAACGGCGCCGAAGAGAGAUGAGGAACAUAGAGAGGACAUGGCUGGUGCUGUUUGUUUAUGACAGAAGCAUAAGUCUGCAAACAGGCAAACCAUGCAUGAUAGAGAGCGACCCACUGAUCGAGUCCAUCACAUCUUGGAUCAAGCACCCUUUAGCUAUCGAGAAUGACAGGCUACUUGCAGCACUUGUAACACUGCGCCUGGAAACUUCAACCGCCUUUGGCCUGAUGGUACCCAGAUCCAACGCCGCCAGCGGAAGGCUGCCCACUGGACUUGGUUCGUUAUUCGCCAUUCUUAGUCGGCAAAUCGACGCCUGGGAGGCGACUUGGGGUCAUCCUACUGAGCCUCCUCAGAUUCCUGCCGAAGAGGAGGGCUGCCACGACUUUUUGAUAGCCUUCUAUGGCUGUCAUAUACGCUUGCAAAUCUCCUCAUUGCAGCUUCAAGAUCAUUUGUCGCCAUCCUCAGCCACCACUCCUGAUGUGGAGAGCCUAUGGGCGGCUUAUUCUAGCGCGCUUCGCAUGCUUCGACUGAUACCGCGCCACUCGAGUCAUGUGAGCUUCGCCCAAGAUAGUGUACACGUUAUGCUAGCUUAUUGUGCAGCUUUUCUUGUUAAGCUCCUACAUUUGGCACCACGGUCCUUCGGUGAAGAGCUCGAGUCUGACAUUCUGCUUGCCAUUCAGGAAGCAUCGACCACGUUUGGAAGACUCGACACUGGCGCCAGUUCGAGCUGCGCAUUGCAAGCAAGGUUUCUCGGCAGGAUCGCAACCAGAUUGCAAAGCGCAGCAAGCCACCGAGGAGACGAAGCUGCGCACGCAGGAGCGGCCGACGCAGACAUCUCUGAAGAUUACAUGCUUCAGAAUGCAUUUCUAGACGCCAACAUGGGCUUUCCCUUCAUUGGCGGCGACAAUUGGGACCAGAUCUUCGCCGAUACAGGAUACAGCAUUGAAGCUGCUACCAUGAUCCAGUGA